CGACGACACCAACAUGUCUUUCUCAAGAAAUCCUAAAAUUUUCUCAUACUAAAUGCCAUAUAACUAAGUUCUGACUGAAUAUUUUAGGAUGGCAACUGUGCAGCUUGUGGACCUGUUUGAAAAGUCCAGGUUUCCUAAGGGCCUUGCCUUGGUUCCUAUCUUACUGUACUUUCCUCUUGGAAUUGUCCUGUGUGUUCUACGUGUCUUCAUUGGAUUCAAUGUAUUGGUGGUUGCUAGCAUCCUAGCAAAGAAGUCACUCCUGAGGAGGUUUGUUCUGCGUGUGAUGUGCGGUGUCCUUGGCAUAGUGUUGACCACAGAAGGCAUGGAGCAACGAGACUCAAGCGUCAAACUUCUCCUUUCAAAUCAUAGCAGUGUCUUUGACCACCUUGCCACAGAUUUGAUUGUUGAAAAUUUUAUGUUGUUAACCAAGAAAGUAGACAAGAUGAUCCAGUGGCUGAUGGGAUUUGUUGACCUUGGUUACACUCUGAGAGAUGCACCAGUUGAAGUCAAUAUACAGGAAUAUUGUAGAGAUUCCCCCUACUCCCUAUUGGUGUUCCCAGAGGGUGUGACAACCAGUGGAAAGAAGGCCUUGUUGAGAUUCCAGGAAUGGCCGUUCAGACUUGGUUUAUCUAUUCAGCCAAUUGCCAUACAGACAUCUAGGCCACCAUUCACGAAUGUGGCAAUAAGUGUUCUUGGCUCCACAUAUGUCUCUGACAUCUUCUGGCAUCUAUUUGUGCCGUACACACACUUCCAUCUCAAAAUCCUGCCAGUCAUUAGACGAAACGAAACCGAAACAACAGAAGAUUACUGCAGACGGGCAGAGAAACUCUUUGCUGAGGCCCUCAAGUUGGAGGUUUCAAAUUUUACAAGUGCUGACAAGGCAGAAUUGUUCAAAAGAAUGACUUUCCAACCCCCUGUUACAAAUCAACAUGCUCAAUCAGGUGCUACUCCCAACCUCGGCAGUGACAGCAGCCUUUCCACAUCUCCUACGCUGAUCACCAGGGGGAGCCUCCGCAGCUCAUGGCGAUCAUCAAGUCCGGAAGAAGACCAACGUCUCAACUUAAUGACACAGCAAGUGAAAGAAGUCUUAACGCAGGUGCCUCUUCAUGUCAUCAAAAGAGAUUUGAGCACCACGAGGGAUGUCGACAUGACCAUUACCAAUCUCUUAGAGGGCACUGUGGCAUACACCCCGGAGGACUCUGCACCUCAGAAACCCAAGCCUAAUCCAAUGGCUUUAUCGCCAGUAAAAAUUGCUGCAAAGUCUUUUUCGAAAAGUUCUCAAGAACGUCAUCAAUCAUUUGAAGAGAGGAAAAAAAUCUUGAUCGACACGGCGAGGGAAAAGUACAUGAUGAAACAUGGGAUGCUGGGCACGAGCUAACAUUUGAACUCUCAAAGAGACAAUGACAUUUGUGAGCCAUUCCCAUCAAUUGAGGUGACUUUGCCUACUUGUUGAAGUACUGUGUUGACGAGAUUACGCCAGUCGAGUGACGCCUGGGCCUGUACAAUAGGCUUAUUUCACAUGGUGAUGGCAUUAGUUACAUUUAGCAGUCUAAAACAAUAAACUCCUAUGUUACUUUCAUAUGUUCUGUCAUAUAUGUCAUGCAAACUCCCUUAAAAGAGACUGAUUCUUUACCCAAAGUGCUGACCGGACCAGUAAGGACAGAUUUUUCAUGUCAAGGGUGUCCUUGAUGGAGGUUCUACUGUACGUUAAUUCUAAUCUUAGACAAGUGAAUACAAGUUGAGCAGGAUGUGAUGUAGUCUUGGUCCAUAUUUUGAAGAGUGUUGGCUGGUAAGAAAGACUUCGAUUUUCUUGUUUGGUAGGGUGGUGGAUCAGGUUUUAUAAGGCUUUUGGGGUAGUUCUUGUCAGUGGAUUUUAUCAUCGGUCAAGUGUACCUGCUCACUCUCUAUACAUGUACAUAAUCAUAUGAAUAUAUAGACGACAGAGAAAAUGAGUAAACUUGGGUUGUUGGAAAAUAAAAUUCAUUUUGUAACAAA